AUGGCCACCGAUGGACAGGUUCCUAAUACUCACAACGGUUCUGGGACAGAGAAGAAUGAUAUAAAAGAUUGCAUCACAACCCACUCAACAGCAGAACACGAUAUUGAUGAAGAGAAACACGAUGGCAACACACGCCAACUCCCGGACUUGCAAAGGAAACUCAAAAGCAGACAUUUGCAGAUGAUUGCAAUGGGUGGUGCGAUAGGAACAGGUCUCUUUAUUGGUAGUGGAGCUGCCAUUGCUAUCGGAGGCCCUGUGAGCGCCUUGAUUGCAUUUGCGUUCGUGGGAACCAUUGUGUAUUCAAUCAUGGUGGCCUUGGGUGAGGUAGCCACCUACCUACCCAUCCCCGGAGCAUUUACUUCCUAUGCGACGCGCCUGGUGGACCCCAGUCUCGGCUUUGCGAUGGGCUGGAUUUACUGGUUCUCAUGGGCCUCGACAUUUGCCCUCGAGCUGACUGCAACCGGCUUAAUCAUUCAAUAUUGGGAUGAUUCGAUCCCAAUAUCAAUUUUCAUUGCUGUAUUCUGGGUCAUCAUUAUCAUUUUGAACAUGUUCCCUGUCAGCUGCUACGGCGAAGUCGAGUUUUGGCUUUCGAGCAUCAAAAUCAUCACCGUCGUUGGGUUUAUGAUCUUCGCUAUUUGCAUCAAUGCCGGAGCUGGCAGUCAGGGAUAUAUUGGAUUCAGAUACUGGGUGCAUCCCGGCCCAUUCAAUCCUUAUCUGAUUAAAGAUCCUCAAAAGGAUGCUCUGGCCAAGUUCGUGGGAUUUUGGGCCAUUCUUAUUAAAGCCGGGUUCUCUUACCAAGGCACUGAGCUUGUCGGUAUUGCCGCGGGUGAAACGGAGAACCCUACUAAGAAUGUCCCCUCCGCAAUUCGGAAAACCUUCUUCCGUAUUGUGUUCUUCUUUGUGUUUACGAUAUUCUUUGUUGGAAUCGUCGUACCAUCCGAUGAAAAGCACCUUCUCGCUGAUAGCACUGGCACCGAUGCAAAUUCGUCCCCUUUCGUUAUUGCUGCAAAACUCGCCGGUGUGCGCGCCCUACCCAGCAUUAUCAACGCGGUACUACUUACCGUAGUACUUUCUGCUGCCAAUUCGAACGUGUACAGCGGCAGUCGGAUUCUAGUUGGAAUGGCCCAGGAGGGUUUCGCUCCUCGGUUUUUCUUGAAAACGACUCGAUACGGCGUGCCCUACGCAAGUGUUGGGUUCACAGCACUCUUUGGACUAUUGGGCUUCCUCAAUGUGUCAAAUGCCGGAGCCGAAGUCUUCAACUGGUUGAUGCAAAUCGCAGGCCUGGCGGGCUUUAUCACCUGGGCAUCUCUCAACGCUUGCCACCUAGCGUUCAUGAGAGCCUUGAAAGCGCAGGGCAUUUCGCGCGACACUCUCCCAUAUAAAGCGUCCUGGCAGCCCUACUUGUCGUGGUACGGCUUGUUCUUCAAUACCUUGAUCAUCAUCACGCAAGGUUUCACUGCCUUCAUUCCAUCAUUUAGUGUGACGGAUUUCUUUAUCAACUACCUCAGUCUGCUGUUAUUUGCUGUGCUGUACGUGGGCCACAAGAUUGCCUAUCGUCCGAGCUUUGUGAAACCCAUCGAGGCAGAUAUUCAUCUGGGCCGAUAUGAAGAUUGA